AUGGGGAAAUCUAUUUAUGAAAUUGUACAUCAUUAUCCAGAAUGCAGAACGAAGCUAGCAGGAAAGCCCAAAGAAAUUACUGAUUAUUUAAGCCCAAGUAUUUGGGCACAGUUAUGUAUUGAUAAUAUUGAUAACGGUAAAUUAAGUCAUUUAAAUUAUCAUAAUCGUAAUCCAAAAGAUAUAUGUAACCAAUUAAUGGAAUACUUAGCCGAUGUAAAUGGGGAUAACAUUGAAAGUUUAAAUGAAUUCGGUUGUGAAUAUCUUUAUUAUUGGAUAUAUGAACUAUUACAUCAUAAAGAUAACACAGUUAUAACUGUCCAUGUCGAUGAAGUUUAUGAUGAAAUACUAAAUAUAUUUAUUAAAGGUUUCAAAAGUCAUUUUGGAGGUGAGAUAAAAAUAUCCAGAUGUCUUAAGGAUGGGAUUAAAGAAAUUGAUUUUCCAAAAAUCAGAGCUAUAUAUGAUAUGUAUAAUAAAAUAAUUACACACACAUAUAGUACGAAUAAUAUUUUUCAAGAUGUAAUAGACAUUAUGAAUAAACACAAUAAACAAAUAGAUUCUGUAUAUGAUGAAAUUAGUAAAUCAUUAAUAACAACACCUUGCAGAAGUAACAUUGUAGCCCCUAUUAUGAUUACAAUUUUAGUAACAGUAUUUAUAUUCAUUUCUAUAUUUGUUCUUUUUAAGUUCUUAGAAUGUGGUUUAUGGAUACGACGUGCUAUAGAAUGGAAAAGAAAUUAUUGGGAUAACAAAGGUAAAGAAAGAAAUAUAUACCAAUAUCCUGAAAUAUCUAAUAGCUUGUUAAGAGAUAGUAGAUAUAAUAUAUCAUAUAAUUAUCCAUAA